AUGGAGGACAACGCCGAACUCGAGUCCUUUCGCCGCCAGUGGCGUGAAGAGGUUGCUCGACGGACCAAGUCUACGGCUUCUGGUACGCCCUCCGAUGCUUCACGCUCUGUCGCGGCGCCAGGAGCGCCCACGACCUCCAUACAUGCAAGCAAAAAGCCGCCACGUCGUGCGACCACCGCUCCCAGGGAUCUGGCUGAACAAGGUCCUCUGCCCGAUGCCUUCGACACAGACGGCCUGGCUCGGCAGGUCGGGGAUUUACGAGUGACAGAGACACAUGAGGAAGCAGAGGAAGAUGGGUUCACCCGCCGGGCGCAACAGGAACCCGAGUCGGCCCUUGAACACUUCGAACGAGCAGUCGAGAAGGAAGCCGCCGGCAAUCUGGGUGACAGUCUUCAACAUUACCGCAAGGCUUAUCGACUGGACGCUGGGGUGGACAAGGCCUUCCGCAACAAACAUUACUCCCAUGUUUGGAAGAAGCCCGCGCAACCCGCGCCAGCUGAUCCCGCAUCUUCAGUACCUGCGGCGCCGGCAGCUCCUCCAGAAGUCGAAGUUCUUCCCACUCCUGAAUUGAUUCAAUCGUUCGCCCAUCUUCCUGUUCCGCAGGCGGAACCGCUCAUCGAGGGAGACGCCCCCCCGCCGUGUCCCAUCGCUCACGUUCCGUCCGAAGUGCUCGUUGAGAUUCUUCGACAUGUUGCACUACGAGAUCCAGCCGCUUUUGCUCGUAUGGCGUUGGUCUGCAAGAGGUUCGCGUAUCACUUUGCCCAUGAGCAACAUAUUUGGAAGCACCUGUGCCAACGGCCACAGUUUGGGUUUCAAGGCAUGCAUUAUACCUUCGCGUGCGAUGAUGUCGGUCGUCCCGUCUACACGCUAGACGAAGUCGAGCGAUACACCCCCUUCCCAGCCGACGCACCAGUCACGAUCCCUAGCCCGUUAUCUUCCUGGAGUCAGGUCUUCCAGUGCUAUCCUCGUGUUCGAUUCACAGGCAUCUACAUCAGCACGGUCAACUACUCUCGGCCUGGGGAGGUCUCGUCAUUCCAGAAUGUGUCCUGGAACAGCCCGAUUCACAUUGUGACCUAUUAUCGCUAUCUCCGAUUCUAUCCCGAUGGAUCCGUGGUGUCCCUGCUGACCACGACAGAGCCUGUAGAUGUUGUACCCCAUAUUAGCAAAGAGAACGUGAUGGCUGCACGUCCCGCAACACACAAGUCGCACCAGCGGCAUGCCUCCGACCAGGGUUAUCCACAUUCUGGGGCUGCAGAGCCUGUUCCGCCCGUGGCCAUGAACGCUUUGAAACAUGGUCUUCGCGGACGCUGGCGUCUCGUCUCGCCCCUGGACUUUACCGACGACGCUGAGGAUUACAAUUCGCCUCCCUCAGCGACCAGCAAGUCGCCCUCGUUUGAUCCACGUGAUCUCAUUGUAGAGACUGAGGGCGUGGAUCCCAAGUACCGAUAUACGAUGCACCUCUCGCUCCGAUCGUCCUCGGUCACCAAGGCUCAUCCAAACCCACCUCGGAACACCAAACUCGCGUGGCGUGGCUUUUGGAGCUACAACAAGAUGACCGACGAUUGGGGCGAGUUUGGACUUCGGAACGACCGAGCGUACGUGUUUCGACGAGUUCGUGGCUGGGGCUUGGAAUAA